GAAGCCCAAUAACAAGGUAGUGCUCUCUGGCUUGAUAUAAUUCGAUUUUUUCGGAUAUUGGCCUCGACCUUAAAGGUUCCCUGAAGCAGGCAAAGACCGCUCUGCAGUUGUAGCCGGAUAAGUAGGCCUCGACCUCUGUAAGCAUUUUAUUCAUCAUUACCGUGUUGUGCGCGGUUCGUGAUAACUAUUGUUAGUUCAAUUGAUACGGGAUUGUGCUUCGAUAAAGCUGUUGCUGUUUUUAUGUAUUGAAAAUGCUUCAACAUGGCGAAAGCUAUCCAACUGAAAACAAACAGGUUAAUCAUAAUUGGCAAGGAAUAAUCGAAGUCUAUUUUCACGGAUUGCCCUUUCAUCUACGAUCAAACGCGACCAGACAAUUUUUAAAACAAUUCCAGAACACUGGAGAAGAAUCGCUGGAGAAUUUAUGUUUUUAUGUGAAGGAUCUAAUCGACACCGCGACCGUUGGAGAUCUGCACGACAUAUUCGCACCGUUAGUCGAGUCCAUCUUUGACACGGAGAACAACCGCGGCUGGAAUCUUCGCAGGAUAACUGAAAAACAAAAUGACGAAUUCAUAACCCUACGCCACUUUUUCGACGUUUUCGAUGGUCCAAUGUUUCGGUUAUGCUAUCACCUGCGGAAUUAUCGUUAUGAGCUGCCGGUAUCCUUAUUGCCUUAUGCAAUGCAGGAUAUGGUGCGAUCGGAAGAAUGUCCUGCCUUCUACCGCGAGGUGUUGUCAUUCGAUAAGCACAGCCACACGAAAGACGCUCUUUUCCUUAACCCAUUCGAUUAUUUCUUUUUUCAUUUUGCACACUACGGUACGAUUCCUCAAGCGAUUCUUGAUCCUAGAUGGAACUCGAACAAUCAGAAACGACCACAAACGAUUUAUAAUGUGCUGGCCGCCGAUUACAUGUGCAACUUUCUUCCGAAUAAACCUUUUUCCGAUGUGUUUCCACAAAUGACGAUGCCGAUUAAAGAGCUGUGCUCACUGUGGGUUAACUCCAAAUUUUAA